AUGACUGGACUGCCAAGUCUGACGAUUACGGCAUCCGCUGUCACUCCACAUUCCUUGCAAGUCCGCCCGGCCAUCCUUUCGCUUUGCCAAUCAAUCCCACUGCCUUCUCAGCUGGUCUGCCUACAUCCACCGAGAGCCAUUCGCACCAUGCGGUAUAGUUCAGGAGGAUACGACAUCGAGGCCUGGAUAGAGCGGUUAGACGGCUCCGAGCGCUUUCCCGAACACAGAGAGACACACAAGCUGGCUGUAGAGAGCGGAAAAGCCGACGGGCUCAGAGAGGCCUUCUUGGAGUGUGAAGAGGGAGCUAAGCGUCAAGCAGACCUAGCUUUCACUUCCAUGCCCAAGACGGACGAGGAAGAUCAGGUCCAGAUACGAGGCGCAGCUGUCGACCAGCUAUGUAAGAUCGAGAUGUACAUCCAACAAGGCAUCUGUCAUAUUGGGCUCAUCGGUGACGGAUGUCAUUCGUCCCGUCACUGGGUUCAAACUCACGACGUAGAGCCGUCAAUUCGAGAGAGAUACCCCGGAGGUCUUACGUCCACUUCAAACCCGUGCGCAGCCUACCAGGCCGAUGUCUGCCGCUUCCAAUGGCGUUACCACACACGCGCAAAGCUUGCUAUCAUGGGUAUUAUAGAAGAAGAAGAAGCACUUCCCGCGUCUCCAGCACAGGCUCCCGGAGCCUCCCCAUCCAACGGCACGGCUGCGAAGAGGGAGCGCUCUUCCGACGAAGAGGACGACAAGAUUGAGGUGGUCAAGCGGGUCAAGACGGAGAAGACAGGUCUGGGGUCACGCAGCGCUCCAAUACCGGUAUCGGAACUCGACCCGCCCAAGCGAGGGAUACGAGCCAGGGCGGGCGUUAUCGACUUGACGGGCGAGUGA